AUGCGCCGUGUCAUUGAAGCAACCCUGGAAGUCGUUCCCAGUACGCCUCGCGCCGACGACUCGUACUUUGAUCUCUACGACGCAGAGACGCCGCAUACCAUAUGUUGUCAACUACUCGGGAGAUCGACCAGCUCCAGCCCGUCAGUUGAGCUGCAAAGACCGAUUUACUUCCUUCGUCGGACUGGUUUCGAACCAACAACAAACACUAUCAACUGGUCGAAGUACGAGACGGGUUCCAGCAAGAACAAGACGUAUUCGAAUCUGAAAGACGUCGCAAUAUUGCGCCAGAGCAACGACAUACACAUAGAGCGCCAUUUACUAGCGCGCUUGCAUCCAACGUGA